AGCAUGUCCUGGGUGAACAUUUCUGUGCGUGAGGCCCUGGAGGCAUGUCAGUAUCAAAUGUAUGGCGAGCUCUCCAGGGUGGUGACCAGGGCCUAUGUCGACGCCGCUGCCCAGAACAUCGCUGGCCAGGAGCAUGGGCUCCAGGCGCACUUGCUGCCGGCUGCUAUUCGUUUUGCACGCGAGGUUGAGCGCCUUGGCCUGACGCUGAGCACCAA